UCAACAUAAUUAAUAUCGUGUUUCUGUUCAGAUUUCCCAUUUGUCUAUCUGGUGUUUCAGUCCUGCUUCUAAAGGAAGCACUGAAACAACUGCUUGCUUUCUGUUUUGUUAUAAGAUAUUACACUGCAAUCUUUCUGAUUUAAUGUCUUGUGUCAAACAUUCCCUGGCGACCGGUUACAUUUCGCAAUAAGUCACUGGGCGGACAGGAAGUUUUCUGCACGCUCUGUUGAAGUUUGUUUUAAAUAGUAGUGUGUCUCUCUCUUUGUGCUGAUAGCGCCCUGCAUCAAAACAACAUAGCCAAAACUUUUCUGUUGCAAGGAAUAUCAGAAUGGUAGUGAUUCAGGCAAGAUGCAUCAAAUGUUUCCUCCUUAUACUCAACCUGAUAUUCGCAUUGCUGGGACUCAUCAUUUUGCUGCUGGCAUUUUGGUUUCGCUUUGAUGAAAGGACAAAAAGUCUUUAUGAAGUUGGCAUGAAUGGGGAGAAAUUCAUUAUUGGUAUUUAUGUCAUGUGGGCAGCGGGAGGCUUGCUGCUGGUUUCUGGUUUCACAGGAUACUUUGCUGUAUCUAAGGAAUCGAAGUGUCUGCUCUGGAUUCAUCUUGUACUUAUUGUGAUUUUAUUCCUGGUUGAAAUGACAGUUGCAAUCUGGGCAUUCGCACAGAAAGAUGAGGUCGUUAAGCAGUUGCAGGACACUUACGCUGGGACCAUCGAUCUGGGCAGUCAAGAUGAUUUAGAUUUUAAAUGCAUGAUCAACGUUCUGCACAAAACUUUGGACUGCUGUGGUUACAAAUCUACAUCAGACCAAAUAAGAGGAUGUGAUUCUUCCAAAUAUAAGGACUGCCUAGAAAGCAUUGAAUAUAUCAUCAACUCCAAACUUCACAUUUUUGCAGCUAUCGCCUUUGGCAUCGCCCUCAUUACAGUUUUUGGGAUAAUAUUUACCAUUCUGUUGUAUCGAUCCAUCAAGCAAUCAGCUGAUAUAAUUUAACAAUCUGAACAUUGGACAUCAAAGUGCCACUCUGAAACUAUACAUGUUUCCUCUUUAUAAGGCAAAUACUAUUGUUGCAACAAAAUAAGUCCCAGUCAUUAAUCUCCAUUUACUGUUUACAAAAUGUGUUUAUUUUUGGUUAAAAUGUAUUUUCAUGACUCGACACAAUUUGAGGGCACUUUCGUUCUGUAACUUUAUCUGUUGUGUCUCUUCUGCCGAUGUUCCGAGUUAAGUUACAGGCGUUGGGCUGGAGGUUGUUGGAAUUUAAGAUACAAAUGGGUCCAUCUUUGACUAAUCCCUUUUCAGCAGCCAAUUUGCUUGAGGCUAAACUGGAACCAGUAAAGAUCUAACCUUGGCUCAGUUUCCCUUCCAUCACUGGGAGGAAAUCCCCUUUGUCCAAUUUUACUGAACUGCAGUGAAUAGCUCACCUUCUGGCCCUUCCAGAAAUAUGCCAGCUCAAAUACUUUGCGCUUGUUUUGUUGGUGUGUGUGUGUGUGGGUAGUGAAUGCCACCCGAUGACUGAGUCUGCCCAUUUGGGGAAGGGUGACAGACAACAGCUUGCCUUUGUUAUACACAAAUAAAGUUGUUGGAGAUGCUCAGCAGGCCUGGCAGCAUCUGUGAAGGAGAAAACAGAGUUAACUUUUCGGGCCCGGUGACCCUUCCUCAGAGCAACAGUGAAACCAAUUACUUCAACCUCUGUUACAUUAUCCAUCUCUUACUUUGGAAUGACUUGAGUGGGCACCAAGGUCUCAUUAUCAAAGUCUUUCAUUAGCUCGCUCAGCCCAUCAAGACCAUGUCAGCCCUUGUCAGAGCAAACCAGUGAUGCCCUCAUACUGUGAAUGAAUAAAGAAAAGACAAAAUCCUCACAGUCCCACUCCCCCAUUUGGUCCCGGUAGCCCUGUAACUUUACUUCCAUCAAAUAUCGAGCCAAUUUUUUUUAACCAUCUGUUCAAAGAUGUUGACAGUUGUAUUUGUAAAUUGUACAAACAUUGUAAAAAGUUUGUUCUUAUAUUCCGUCUGCAUCAUUUUGCCCAAAACUUUAGAAUGGUGUCCAUCUCCCAGUCUUUGUACUGUCACGGUGAUAGAUUUUGCUCAUUGACCUUGGCUGAAUAUGUCAUUAUUUGGUAAAAUGCUAUUAAUACUCCACUUCAUUUCCUUUACUCUAAGUUCAACAACUCCAACUUCCCCAACCUAAUCUUGUUACUGGACAUCUUCAUCCCUCGAGCCAUUCUGGUAUAUUUCGUCUGUGCCUGGCAAGAGCCCUCACAAUUUUCUUAUUGUGUGAUGACCAGAAACUAUACAUUGUACUCCAACUUUAGCCCCUCACUUUAUGAAGGUUCAACAUAAUUUCCUUGUACUCACUGUUUAUGAGCCCCAAUCCCAUAGUUUUUGAUAACUGCACUAUCAUUAUGGCCUCCCACCUUUAAAGAUUUAAGCACAUAACAUCCCAGUUCUGUCUGUCCCUGUACUUUCUGUGGAACUGUGUCAUUAAGUCUCAAUUGCAUAUCCCUUCAACAGAGUACAUCAUCUCACACUGCUCUGUAUCAAAAAUGCUGGAAAUCUGAAACAACCACACAGCAUACUGGAGAAACUCAACAGGUCUGCUAGCAUUUGCAGAGACACUUAAUGUUUUUGAGUUUGGUAUGACUCAGUUUGGCAGAAGAGUCAUAAGAAAUAGGAGCAGGAGUAGGUCAUCUGGCCCCUUGAGCCUUCUCCACCAUUCAAUAAGAUUGUGGCUGAUCUUUUCAUGGACUCAGUUCCACUUACCCAACCACUCACCAAACAAUUAAUUCCUUUACUGUUCAAAAGUCUAUCUACCUUUGCCUUAAAAACAUUCAACGGGGUAGCCUCAACUGCUUCACUGCCAGGGACUUCCAUAGAUUCACAACCCUUUGGGUGAAGAAAUUCUGCCUCAUCUCAGCCCUAAAUCUGCACCCCCUUAUUUUGAGGCUAUGCCUCCUGUUUCUAGUUCUUCCCUCCAGUGGAAACAAUCUCCCUACUUCAAUCUUAUCUAUACCAUUCAUAAUUUUGUAUGUGUCUACGAUACCCCUCAUUCUUCUCAAUUGCAUGGAGUAUAGUCUAUGCUCAAGUCUCAACUUCAGAAUUAAUCUAGUGAACCUCCUCUGCACCUCCUUGUGUGCCAGUACAUCCUUUCUCAAGUAAAGAGCCCAAAACUGUACAAAGUAUUCCACGUGUGGCCUCACCCGCACCCAAUACAGCUGUAACAUAACCUCCUAACUCCAUCCCUCUUGCAAUGAAGGACAAUAUUCCAUUUGCCUUCUUAGUGACCUGCUGCAUCUGAAAUUGCAGCAAGCUGUAAUUUUUCACCAUUUAAAUAACAGUCCAUUUUGCUGUUAUUCCUACCAAAAUGGAAUACCUUACAUUUACCAACAUUGUAUUUCAUCUGCCAGACUCUUACCUGUGCACUUAAUCUACCUAUCUGCAGAUUUUCAGUGUCCCUUCACACUUUGGUCGACCACUGACUUUAGUGUUAUCUGUGAACUUUGACACACUACACUUGGUUGCCAACUCUAAAUCAUCUAUGUAAAUUGUAAACAGUUGCAGUCCCAAUACUGAUCCUUGAGGCACACUACUAGUCACUGAUCAUCAACCGCACUCUUUGCUUUCCGUUUGUUAACCAAUCUUCGAUCUAUGCUAAUACAUUAACCCAUAAUGCCACGUGCCUUUUUUAUUUAUGGCAGCCUUUUGUACGGCACCUUAGCGAUCAUUUUCUAGGAAUCCAGAUACACUACAUUCACCUGCUCCCCGCUGUUCACCGCGGUUGUAAUGUCCUCAAAGAAUUCCAGAAAAUUAGUUAAACAUGACCUGCCUCUCAUGAACCCAUGCUGCACCUACUCAAUGGGACAAUUUCUAUCCAGAUGCCUUCUUCCUUGAUGACUGAUUCAAGCAUUUUCUCCACUACAGAAGUUAAACUAACAGACCUGUAGUUACCCACCCUUUCUCUAUAAUUUUUUAAACAGUGUUGUAACAUUUGCUGUUUUCCAAUCUGCCUGAACAGCCCCAGAAUCCAGCCAAUUUUGGUAAGUUAUGAGGAGUGUUAUUUUCCCCAGCCAUGUCUUUGAGCACCCUAGGAUACAUUCCAUCAUGACUAGGUGACCUGUCUACCUUUAGCCCCAUUAGCUUGCCCAACACUACCUGUUUAGUGAUAAUGAUCAUUUCUAGGUCUUCACUUGUCAAUGCUUCUUUGUAAUCAAUUAUUGGCAUGGUAUUUGUGUCUUCCACUGUGAAUUCCAACACAAAAUAGCUGUUCCACGCCUCAUCCAUUUCCUCAUUUCCCAUUAUUAAAUCCCCUUUUCAUCCUCUGAAGGGCUUUGCCAUCUUUUUCAUUUUAUGUUUUUUUGAAGAUUUUGUUAUGUGUUUUUAUGUUCUGAGCUAGUUUACUCUCACAAUCUAUCUUACCUUUCUUUAUGGCUUUUCUUUGUGGCUUCCUGUUGACCUUUGAAGAUUUGUAUAUCCUCUAGUGUCCUACCAAUCUUUACCACUUUUUAUGCAUUAGCUUUCAAUUUGAUGCCCUCCCUUAUUUCCUUUAGUUAUCCACGGCUGAUUAUCACUUUCCUACAGCCCUUCCUUUUCACUGGUAUAUAUUUCUGUUGGGUACUGUGAAAAAUCACUUUGAAAGCCUUCCAUUGUUCCUCAAUUGUCCUGCCUUGAAGUCUUUGCUCACAGUCUAUCUAAGCCAACUCCUCCCUCAUCCCACUGUAACCUUCUUUAUUUAAGCAUUGAUAUUGCUAUUGGAUUUUACCAUCUCCCCCUCUGUCUAUAUUUUAAAAGCCACCGUACUGUGAUCGCUCUGUCCAAGAGGAUCCCUAUCUAUGACACCAUUAAUUAAUCCUGUCUCACUAUACAGGACCAGAUCUAGGAUAGCUUGAGUCAUACUGGACUCAAAAUGUUAAUGCUGUUUCCCUUUCGACAGAUGCUGCAGGACCUGCUGAGUUUCUCCAGCAUUCUUUGUGUUGGUUCUAUCUGCCACUUUGCCUGUCAUUCUGUUAAUCUAUCAAACAUCCGAUUGUAGGCAGAUUAUGUCAUCCUUACUGCUUGCCUUUCCUCCCAGUUUUGUAUCAAAAUCAUGGCUACUGUAAGCAGAUAUCCCUGGAUGUCCAAGUGAGACCUGUGGGCUUGGUGGAAGGCUUUCAGUUCUGCAGUAAAACCUGACUGAUUCUCCAAUACCAGCAAUGAAGUUACAUUCUGAAAGAGCUGGUCCGAUAAAACUUAUCCCAAUAGUUCAAAUGUUCAUAUUACUGAACAUGAUUUGUGUUUUUAGGAAUAGCACUCUAUAAUUCCAUGGGAAAAUCACCUUCAGCAAUUACAAAAUAGAAUAAGUUUAACGUAGUAACAGCUUUGAACUCACCUCUGGAUUAAGGUCAAUUAUAAUACUGCACUUUGACACUGGUGAUAUAGUCCAGCUUUAUUUGUUAUGACUUUCCACACAUUAACAUUAUUGAAAGUGCUAAUCUGUAAACAAUUGUAAAAGCUGACAAAUAUAAUAAAGGUAUUGCUUUGUGUUUUAUUAA